AUGCCCUUCGAGGAUCCCAACACGUUCAAACCUCGACGAAUGUCUCGUGAAUACCAAAAUCAAGGACGUUCCCCCGGUUUGGGCAAGUCCAACAUGGUACUUCCCACUUCGAGAUCCGUCUCAGACUCAUAUACCUCCUCCCUCAGUCCUUCAUCUCCCAUCGCUCAUACCAAUUUCUACUCCCCUCGAUCACGCUCACCCUCUCCAUCUCGACUUCAAGGGCCCGAUCUAUCAAAAUACUCUCAUCCUCAUUCAAACUCGAGAAGGCGGGCCUCCUCGAGCCGUACAGCGAUUAUCCGCUAUUUCAAACCAUAUCUCACGCCGAGAGUCGUUGGAUCUCUCUUCCUUUGGAUGAUUGCCCUUUGGAUGAUCCACAGCUUCUUCAUUCCCCUACCCAUACCCCGUCUAACCAGUCCGAGCUCCUUUAGACCAACCGCCGCUGAUCAUCAUCUAUCCAACCUCUUUCCUCAGCCACCCUUGAGAGCUGGAGACGACCUUUUAGACUCGGUGGAUUCUCGUUGGCGACCUUUUGAACCACUUUCUCCUCCGGACCCACCAUUUCCUAGACUUCGACCAACACGAUUCUUACCAUCCCGUUGCCUCGAGCAGUGGUUUGCUGACGGAGAGACAUUAUGCGGUAAAGGAGAGAUGGGAGAUGAGGAGACAUUAGAUGCCACCUGGUUAUGGGUGAAUGGCUCUGAUCACCGUUGGCAGGAGAGCAUGGUACAUUGGCGAAAGAAGGAAGGGGUUUACUCGCCUGAGCAUCAUUUCCGCGAGCAAAACGAGUUGGUGCACUCGAUGCGAUCCGUUCUUGAUGCUUUACCUGGACAUCUUUCAACAUUCCACUUGAUCCUCGCCGACUACCCUUUCGAAGUUCCAAAUGACUUGAGCUUGCUACCAGAGUCCAUCCUCGAGGAUCUCGAGCAGAAGGUGGCCUCUCAUGGUGACCAACGUCACUCCCAUCGGUCCCGACAGAAUGAUAACGAUCAGAGUACUAGAAAUGAUUCCGCCAGAUCAUUCACUUCCCUCUCAGCCUCGCUCUCUGCUCAUCUCUCGUCGACAUGGCGAGUUGUACAGACGCCCACAUGGCUGGAUUUCUCUCGUCGGGAUAAGACAAGCCCUUCACACCCCUUCCAUCCGUUUUCAUCUAAUCAGUAUCGAGACGCACGAAGCAAAUUGAUACGAGCCGAAGCGAAUUACCCCACGCUGCGAUACGCAUCUCAUUCAGAGAUCUUCCAUCUGCCAAGCAUGGAUCGUGAUGGGCUCACCGAGGAAUUGGGAGAACGGGAAUGGAGAGAGCGAGAAUGGAGGAAGAAAGCCCUACCAUCUUUCAAUUCAAUGGCAAUAGAGAGUCGUGCCGAUGUCACUCUUUCUUUGAACGACGAUUUCUUCUUGCUGAGGCCUCAUGCGGUGUCGGACUUCCACUCUCCACUCUACGGCUCAGUGAUCCGUUUUGACCAUGGUUACUACCAACAAGUGCGCCCCAUGUUGGAUAAGAAUCGGUUCAACGAUGCUGGUGAAGUUGGUGGACUGUACCACGCAAACUAUCUACUGUCUCAACGAUUUCCCAAGCGAUUGAGACCUUACUUCGCUCAUGUACCCAAAGUGAUCACUCGGGGAUUGCAUCAUGAAGCCAGUCUGAUGUUCAAAGAAGCUCUAGCCGAAAGUAGCCAAAGGCGAUUCCGAGAAAUGAUGCUUGGUGAAGGUGAUAUACAGAUGCAGUGGUUGUUGACCUCUUUAAGGGUGAGUGAAACUUAUCAAAAGGUGGCACUGACAGGCGCAGGUCGAACGAUGGCGAGAAGCUUUGCUCUGGACAUACAUCGUCGCCAAUCUCGAGCAGAGUUGAAAGAUAUGUUUGGUCUAAACGACGAUGACGACGACGUAAUCAAGAUCGAGGUCCAUCGAGGCGAGCGAUGGACGUUGGAACCCGGUCGGAUGGCUAGGGCUUUUGAACAAGCCGGAUGGGAAGCACCAAAGGCGACUGAUUUCCUAUUCUGUGAGUGA